UUUUAUAUCUAGCCCAUACAACUUCACCACCUCUCUCACUGCAUUCACAUCUUAAUUUGCUCUCUAGCUUGCAAUGUCACAGAGAGUAGCUGCAGAGACUUGCCCACCAAAAGUGGUGGUGGUGAGGGAGUUCGAUGAAGGGAGGGACAAGGCUGCUGUGGAGGAGAUGGAGAAGAGGUGCGAAAUCGGGCAGCGGGGCAAGCCUUCGCUCGUCACCGACCUUAUGGGUGAUCCCAUUUGUCGCAUCCGUCACUUUUCAACACAUGUCAUGCUAGUUGCAGAGUAUGGAGAAGAGAGGCGAGUAGUGGGGGUUGUGAGGGGGUGUGUAAAAACUGUGACAAGAGGAAAGAGCAUGUAUGUAAAGGUGGCUUAUAUUCUGGGCCUAAGGGUCUGUCCUGCCCACAGGCGUCUUGGUAUUGGCACAAAGCUGGUUCAACAUCUAGAAAAAUGGUGUGAGCGAAAUGGCGCAGAGUACGCAUACAUGGCCACAGACAGCGCCAAUGAGCCCUCCAUUAAUCUAUUCACAAAAAAAUGCUCAUACGCCAAGUUCCGAACUCCCACCAUGCUGGUGCAGCCGGUCCAUGCCCAUUACAAGCCACUGCCUUCUUCUAAAACUCUCAUCCUUCCACUCCCUCCCCAGCUUGCAGAAUUAAUCUAUCGUCGAAUCUUCGCCAACUCUGAAUUUUUCCCAAAAGAUAUAGACCAAAUUUUGACCAAUAAACUUAAUUUAGGCACAUUCAUCGCCCUCCCCAAAAAAUCAAACUUCAAAUGCAACCCUUCAAAUAAUAAUAAUAAUAAUCUUCUACUUCUACCACCCACCUUUGCGAUCCUCAGUGUGUGGAACACCAAGGAUGUGUUCAAACUGCAACUCAAGGGGGCCUCACCCCUGACAUACGCCUGGUGCGCUGGGACCAGGGCCCUGGACGCCUAUCUCCCCUGGCUACACUUUCCGUCCAUUCCCAAUGUUUUCAAACAGUUCGGCGUAUACUUUUUACACGGUUUGCACAUGGAAGGAAAGCACGGCUUGCGGCUCAUGAAGUCUCUCUGCGCCUUUGCCCACAACAUGGCUAGAGAUGAUGCCGGAUGCGGGGCCCUGGUGGCGGAGGUGGCCCACAGGGACCCAGUCAGAGACGGCAUCCCCCAUUGGACCAAAUUUUCAUGGGCGGAGGACCUGUGGUGCAUCAAGAAGUUUACACCUGCCAACGACCAUCCCGAUGAUGAUUGGGUUACAUCUCGCCCUACUUCCCCUGUCAUUUUUGUUGACCCUCGUGAUUUUUGACCUUCCUGUAACAAUUUCAGUGGAUAUAAUGACAUCUUGUGCAAUUUUUUUUUUUUUUU